ACAAAGAAGAAAAAAAAAGGAAAAGAAAAGAAAAGAAAAGAAAAGCGCUGCUCCUUUCUUCAUCACUUCGUUUCUCUAAUUUAAUUCAUCGUUUGUUUUCUGGGAAAAUUUAUUCCUUAACUUUUCCUGGAAAGGAAAAUCAUUUGACAGUGUCGGAGAGUUUUGAGACUUCCCACUUUUCCUGGCUAUAUUGUCUAUGAUCCCAAUUUGGGUGCUCUAACUGGUGUGUAUUGUUUAUCUUUGAUUUGUUGUUCCUUUUGGCUUUUAUUUUGGUUCAUUUUUUUAUGGGUUUUCUUUGUAACUUAGAUUCUUAGUCGGUGAGAUCUGAAAAUCGUAGGCAUGGUUGCUUGUAAGAGAAAUCUUGUGGGUUUUGUUGUUUGGUUGAGGGGUUUUUGAAUUUGAUUCUGGGAAUGAAUUUGGGGAUUUUCGGUUUUUAGUAUUGGGAUUGGAUCUGGGGUUUGGAUAUUUUUUUUUUGUUUUGAAUUUUGUGGGUAGUUCUGUUUAGGGGUUUUAGGUAUGAAAAUUGAAUUUGGGAUGGGAGCUGGGGUGUGGAAUGAUGAAGAAAAGGCCAUGGUUGCUGCUGUUUUGGGCACAAAAGCAUUCGAUUAUUUGAUGUCGAACUCGGUCUCCAAUGAGAACCUGUUAAUGACUAUUGGCAGUGAUGAGAAUCUCCAGAACAAGCUCUCAGAUCUCGUGGACAGGCCGAACGCCGCAAAUUUCAGCUGGAACUACGCGAUAUUUUGGCAAAUAUCGCGGUCCAAAUCCGGUGAUAUGGUUCUUGGUUGGGGAGAUGGUUCUUGUAGAGAACCGAGGGAGGGAGAGGAACCAGAAGCCAUGAAGAUUCUCAAUCUUCGUCUUGAGGAUGAUGUCCAACAGAAGUGGAGGAAAAGGGUUUUGCAGAAACUGCACGUGGUGUUUGGUGGGUCAGAUGAAGAUAAUUAUGCUCUUGGAUUGGAUAGAGUUACUGAUACAGAGAUGUUCUUCUUAGCAUCCAUGUAUUUCUCAUUUCCACGAGGAGAAGGAGGCCCUGGAAGGUGUUUUGCAUCUCGGAAGCAUGUUUGGAUCUUGGAUGCUCUGAGGGCUGGUUCUGGUUACUGUGUCCGGUCUUUUCUUGCAAAGUCUGCUGGGAUUCAGACCAUUGUGUUGGUUCCAACUGAUGUUGGUGUUGUUGAGUUGGGGUCAGUGAGAUAUGUACCUGAAAGCUUAGAGUUGUUGCAGUCCAUAAGGACCUCUUUUUCUUCCAAUUCCGUGCUGCUCAGAACCAAGCCAAUGCCAGCAGUUAUUCCAGUAGUGAAUGAGAAGAAAGAUGAGAAUACCCAUUUUUCCAAUUUGGGGAUUGUGGAAAGAGUAGAAGGGAUUCCAAAGAUUUUUGGGCAGGAUUUGAAUAACACAGGUCGUAAUCAUUCCCAUCAUAGAGAGAAACUUGCCAUUCGAAAGAUGGAGGAGAGGCCAACAUGGCAGGCAUAUGCUAAUGGGGGUAGGCCGUCGUUUUCAAGCAAUCAGAAUGGCCUGCAUGGUUCAAGUUGGGCACAUGUUGGUGUGAAACAAGGAAACCCUAUUGAGUUCUCUUCAAACAAUGCUCAAGAGCUUGUUAGCGGGGUUACUGAAGAGUUUCAUCUUAAUCACUUUCAGGCCCAGAAGCCAGCUCAAAUGCAGAUUGAUUUUUCAGGGGCUACUUCAAGGUUAGUUGCUCGGAGUGCUGACUCUGAGCAUUCAGAUGUUGAGGCUUCGUGCAAGGAAGAGAGGCCGUGUGCAGCUGAUGAAAGGAGGCCUCGGAAACGAGGCAGAAAGCCUGCAAAUGGAAGAGAAGAACCUCUCAAUCACGUUGAAGCUGAGAGGCAGCGGCGUGAGAAGUUGAACCAACGUUUUUAUGCAUUACGAGCUGUGGUGCCCAACAUAUCCAAGAUGGACAAAGCUUCCUUAUUAGGUGAUGCAAUUUCCUAUAUAAAUGACCUUCAUGCAAGGCUCAAGGUUUUGGAAGCAGAGAGAGAGAAGUUUGGCAGCUCUUCAAGGGAUUCGUCAGGUUUGGAGUCCAAUCCAUCUUUGGAGAGUCAUAACUGGGCUGUUGAUGUUGAUAUCCAAGCUGGACAUAAUGAGGUUAUUGUAAGAGCUAGCUGCCCUUUAGAUUCACACCCUGCAUCAGGAGUCAUUCAAGUGUUUAAAGAGGCAAGGGUUACUGUUGUUGAUUCAAAGCUUGCUGCAGCAAAUGAUACUGUGUUCCAUACAUUUGUUAUCAAAUCUCAGGGCCCCGAACAGCUACAGCUAACUAAGGAAAAAUUGACUGCAGCAUUCUCACGCGAGUCAAAUUCAUUGUAGCCAAUAUCAUCUGUCAGAUAGAAGAUAAAUUGCAGUUGACGUAGUCCAUAGGCGUAAAAUUUUAGUGAAGAACCUGUUUUGGAAGCUUCUUCAGAGAAUUUUGAUAUAGCACAAGGAACCGUUAAAAGGAUCAGAGGAGCCUGCUAUAAGCAGAAAAACAACUACUUAUUAACCAAGUAGGGGAAGCAAAAUUUUCUGUGAUUGUUUAUAUUAUACAUAAUUCUGUCAUAAUGAAGUAUUUUUGCAAGAUGAAUUAGAUUUGUACCUCCAAUUCAACUCUAUUAUUGUUAGUUAUACUGAUUCUUUUAGUUCUUCCCUGCUUUGUUUCUCAGGUUUCUUUUAUCCUUUGACUAAAGAUUUGAUUUUGUG